AUGGAGUGUGUUUCUACUGCUUCAUAUUCUAUUAACGUGAAUGGUAGCCUUCAUGGCUUUUUCACAGACAAGAAGGGGUUGUGCCAAUGGGACCCGUUUUCCCCAUUCCUUUUCGUUCUUUGCAUGGAAUAUUUUUCGAGGAGCCUUAGGAUGGCGACAGAGGACUCGGAUUUUAAUUUCCACCCAAAGUGUGGGAGCUUGAAAAUUGCUCACCUUAUUUUUGUUGAUGAUCUCAUGUUAUUCUCCAGGGAGGACCCUAUAUCUAUGUGCAUUUUAAUGGACACCUUAGGUGAUUUUGGGUGCAAGUCUGGGCUUAAGGUGAAUGCUUCCAAGUCUAAUUUGUUCACUGCUGGCAUCCCGGAUCAAGAUCUCCAAGCCAUCUUGCAGAUUGCGAAUUCUCCUAAGGGUGUAAUGCCAUUCAGAUAUCUGGGGAUACCUUUGGCAGUGCAGAAGUUAAGGGUGACCCACUGUGCCCCGUUGAUUGAUAAGCUACGCAGGCAAAAAAGACUCGGCUCUAGAUUAAAUGGGGUCAGCCAUCAGUAUUUUGGUUCUGCUUCAAUCUGGGACAGGGCAUCCAAGAAAGAGGAUCCCCCUCUAAUCAAGAAGAUGAGCGCAAUUAGGGAUAGUUUAAUCCUCUCGGAGGGGUCCCGAUUGGCCGCUAUACAGAGAUUAUCCAGCUGGGUCAGUGGGGGCCAAUUGAGUAUUAAAGCCGUGUAUGAUUUCUUGCGCCUAAAGGGGAAUAAAAUAUGCUGGGCUAAGGACGUCUGGUGUAAAGCAGUAACUCUGAAGCAUGCUUUCAUCACGUGGCUGUGUGCUAAAUCCAAACUGUUAACAAGGGACAAACUGACGUUCUUAAAUAUUAACCGUGAAUGCGGCCUAUGUGGCAUUGUUGAAUAA